GGGCGGCGGGAGGAGCGGCAGCGGCCAGACAGCCCAGCUCCACGAAGGCUCUCGGCGCGCCGCGGCCCGCAGGCACCCGGCACGCGCCCGCCCCGCCGCCACGAUGCCCAAGAGCAAGGUCAGCUCCGCCGAGGGGGCGGCGAAGGAGGAGCCCAAGAGGAGAUCGGCGAGGUUGUCAGCUAAACCGGCUCCCGCAAAAGUGGAGACGAAGCCAAAACAGGCGGCGGGAAAGGAUAAAUCUUCAGACAAAAAAGUGCAAACAAAAGGGAAAAGGGGAGCAAAGGGAAAACAGGCCGAAGUGGCUAACCAAAAGGCUAAAGAAGACUUACCUGCAGAAAACGGAGAAACUAAAAACGAGGAGAGCCCAGCCUCUGAUGAAGCAGGAGAGAAAGAAGCCAAGUCGGAUUAAUAUCACACACCUGGUCCUCAGUGGUCCCUGUCUCCCUUCUUGUACAAUCCAGAGGAAUAUUUUUAUCAACUAUUUUGUAAAUGCAAGUUUUUUAGUAGCUCUAGAAACAUUUUUAAAAAUAAGGAGGGAAUCCCACCUCAUCCCAUUUUUUAAGUGUAAAUGCUUUUUUUUAAGAGGUGAAAUCAUUUGCUGGUUGUUUAUUUUUUGGUACAACCAGAAGAUAGUGGGAUAUUGAAUAUGGGAGGCUUUGAUUGUCUUGGGUGUCAGCUUAACAUUCCAUAGAU